CCCAUCUGUUACCCGUGGCCCGUCGCUGCCUCCAUGGCCAUGAACGCCGCCAAGUCCGGCGGCCUCGUGGUCGCGCGGCGCGGCGGAGCCAGCCUCUUCGGCCGCGCCGUCGCCUCCGCCUCCGUCUCGUCCGUAUCCACGUCCACGCCCGCCACGACGCCUCAGAGCGUCUCCCACUACCUCGCGCAUCACCCGAGGGCGACAUGGGAGGCGCUCUCCGCCGCAUUCCCCGCCGCCGCGGCGCCCCACGGCCACAUCGAAACCGUCCUUCUCUCCCUCGCCAAGCACCGCCCCUCAUCCUCCCCAGAGCUCGUUGCCAGGAACGCGCUCACCUUCUUCUACUGGUCUGCGUCUUCGUCGUCGUCCCCCCACUCCCUCCGCGCCUACUGCCUCCUCGUCCACCUCCUCUCCCGCGCCGCCCUCAUCCGCGACGCGUCCGUGCUCCUCGAGUCGGCCAUAUCCAAGCACUCCUCCUCGCCCGCUUCUCCUUUCUUGGACGCCUUCUUCGCGGCCUACGAGGACAGCGGCACGGCCGCAACGACCCGUGGUCUCCACCUCCUGGUGCACGCCUACUCGCGCGCGCGCCUCCCGGAGGAGGCGCUUGAGGCCUGCCGCUACCUGUCCCAGCGCGGGGUAGUUCCCUCCCUGUCCGCCUUCAACGCCGUGCUGCACGCAGCCCAGCGGUCCGGGCGGCUUGGGGUCGCCUGGGAGGUGUUCGAGCUUAUGACGCUGAAGCGGGUGUACGCCAACCAGAGCACCGUCGAGCUUGUCAUUGGCGUCCUCAGCCGGGAGGGCGCGCUGGGCAGGAUGGCAACCCUCGUGGAGAGGAUUCAUGGCAAGAAGUCUGUGCCAGGCGUGGUGGCACAUGUUGCGCUUACGCUGAGGAUCUUCGAGGAGGGGAGGACUGAGCAGGGGAUCUUGCUGCUCAGGAGGAUGCUGCAGAGGAACAUGGUGUUCGAUGACAUUGCGUACUCUCUCAUCGUGCAUGCCCAUUGCCAGGCUGGUGAUCUGAAGUCGGCAUGUGAGCAACGGGAUGACAUGGUGCGCCGUGGCUGUCGCCUGAACUCAUUCGUGUAUACUUGCCUUAUCAGAGUACAUUGCUGCGAAUGCAAUGUUGAUAAAGCAUUGCAAUUGUUUGAAGAAAUGCUCUCUAUCGGGUUGAAGCCGUAUGCUGCUACGUAUAGCCAUCUCACUAUUGGGUGCUUCAGACAAGGCAGAAGGGAGGAGGGCUCGGAGUACAUGGACAAGAUGCUCAUUGAAGGUUUUGUGCCGGAUACUGGCACUUGCAAUGAGAUGCUAGAGGCACUUUGCGAUUCAGGAGAGGUUGGCAAGGCAAACGAGCUGCUAACAGCAGUGAUGGACAAGGGGAUUGUUCCUGAUCAAAACACAUACUUCAGUCUGAUCAAUGGGUAUGGCAAGGUUGGUGAUGCUCAAGGUAUCAUCAAGAUUUAUCAUGAGAUGGAGCACAGGGGGAUUAAUCUUGGUGCAGAAGUUUUUAGCUCCCUCAUUAGGGUCCUUUGCCUCUGUGGAAAUCUCAAGGAAGCUGAGAAAUUCUUGGCUGUUCUGGAAAGGAAGCUGUUGGCUCCAACUAGUGAAAUUUAUGAUCUUUUGAUCAGCAGUUAUUGUGAGAAGGGUAACACUAAGAAGGCACUUUGGUUUUAUGACAGGAUGACGACAGGAUACAGCACGCUAGUCCCCUCUGGUGAUACUUUUAUGAUGUUAGUGAGAAGGGUUAUCAAAGCAAAGUCUGCUUGUUCCCCUAAUUGCUGAUGUCCAAAUAAGAUCUAGUUGAGUGGGAGAAUUGAUGGGAGAAAAGCUAUAAAUGAGAUCGAAGCACAGGAAACGUUAUUAUUGUCCAGCAUGAUUUGUAUUCUUAUCUCUUCCAGUACGAGAGAAUGGUGAGCUGUAGCUGAGUGCUCAUGUCGCCUGGUUCUCCAAGCAAGAGGCCCAGGGAGGGGACGCUGGUGUUGGAGUCUUGCCUCCCAGAUUUCGCCAUGCUAUCGGCAGCGUCAGCUCAGAUGUGGUGCAGGCAGCUAGUACUUGCUGCUGCUGCUGCCUUGUUAAGUCCCUGUCACACAAAGCUUUGGCUAUCCAUGUCCCUCUUUAUCACUGUGCUACCAGCCAGCUCUGUGUAGCGACAGCAUUUGCAGAAUGCAGUGCCAAAAAGAUGCGCAGGAAUUAACCACGGUGAAGGCUUUUUAGACAUGCCACAUACGGCGUUUCUCACCGCUGCCAUGACAGCGCCACGUGGCGCAGCUUUCCACGUGUUUGCAGCCUUGGUUGACGCAGGCACGCAGCGCUCCGGUGCUUGUGUGCAUACAUGGACUUCCAGGGUCAAAUCUAACGCAGGCAGCCGAGAAUGGGAGCAGGCUGGCAAAAUAUGUCGUCGACGCUGUGUACAGCGUGGUGGGAAGAAACCGCAUCUUCGCGGCCUCGCCGCAUGCGAAGAGCGGAAGGCUUCAUCACUGGAGCAACCAGCACCGCUGCGGCGCUGCCCCAGUCACCAGUUCUGGGCAAGAUCACCGUCACCGUCGUCGUGGACGAUCCGCCACUCGCCAUGACUGACAAUUGCAGCAGCGAUUGGGAGGUCGUUCCCUUGGCGCUCUCACGGUUUGCUUUCGGCAUGCCGAGAUGGCUAAGUUCGACGACACCAUGAUUGCAUCAGAGGCUGGGCUUUGGAGAAUCGCGGUGAUGAACUUCCUUCUUUAUUUUCUGAGAUCCUUUUCUCUCACCUGUUUUUUUUUCCUUUCUCUGAUAACCAAAAACCUCCCACAAAAAUGUUUUUUGCAGUUCAUGUGUAACUGUGAAUCUCCUCUGGUCGUCAGUAUACUGUAGUUAAACUGAAAAUAAAAUAUGUUAAGAACUUAAUACCACUCUUUUGUGAUGACAAACGAGCACUCAUUUUUCCUUCCUUUAUUAGUUUAUUGUAGUCCCUAGGGCUCAAAAUAAUAAAAUAAUACUGAAUUAGAUAUAAUAUAGUAUUGCGAGACUAUGUUUUUAUAUCUUUCAAAUUUGAAACGGAUGGAGUAAGUGCUUACGGUAAGAUAAUGAUUUGUUUAAACCUCGGAGAAGCAUUAAAAUUAUGUCCCUGCAAGAUUGCGCUUGUCGAAGAAGAUAUAUAUUUUCU